AUGGAUGGUUGCUGUAAGGUGAUUUUAUUAUUUGGGAUAAUUACAAGGCAGGUCGUAGAACUGAAUGUGAAAGAUAUUAAAAUCGGUAAUACUGAUGGAAUAAAGUUUAUUAAAGAUAGUACUGAAUUGGAUGGAUUAGAAUAUCUUGCUCAAAAAGAAAAUGCCGGUUUGGUUUCAUUAGCAAAAUCUAACAGAAAACACGAACGACCAGAGGAGUGGACGCGGCGAUGUGGUGAUGAUCAGUCAUACUAUUUUGAGCCACUUAACGAAUGCUAUCUUAUCAGUCUCGCUCAGUUUCUGAAUGUAGAUCCGGAUCGUAAGAUUGCAUAUGGUGGCACUCGUAAUGAAUAUAUGUUCAACUGCUGGCAGCAAUAUCAGGGCAAGUUGCUUGAUAUUGGAUUGGAAUAUAUUGCUGAGAAAAUGAGCUUCGUCAAAGAGAUGAUAACAAAUUUUAAUCAUCGAUCGUUUAACCGACAAGCAAUUCAAGUUGGUUUUAUGAUAAAUCGAAAAUACGAACUGAUUUCGCAGAACGGUGAGCACUAUGACUUGCUAGACAAAAUGAACAUGCAACAUCCAAACCGAAGUGAAGGCACUUUCUGUUCCAAUGUUUGCUGCGUCGUGUUUUUCGCGGAUACACGAGCUGCAGUCAACGUGAAGAUGGUGUAUACGAGUUGCGAUAAUCGUACACGAGCACUGAGCUACAUUUGUGAAGCACCUGCACUUGCAUAA